AUGCCAGAUAACAAAUUAGAGACUGCUAAAAACAUUGGUGUUUCAGUUGCGGGAUCGAUUGGAGGUAAUAAAGUUGCCGAUAAGCUUCAUUUGGGAAAUGUUGGCCAUAUAGCAGGGGGUAUAGGAGGAGGUAUACUAGCCUCCGAAGCUGAGAAUAAAGCUGAAAAUAAA